CAAGGACAAUAUAUUUCGAUUACAGUUAACGAAUAUAACAAAAAACAGCGAGUUUAUGGUAUGAUUCUUAUCUGCUUAUCGUAAUUGUUUAAAUAUAUAAAAAAAAGACUAUUAUAAUUUUUGUCGUUGAUAAUUAUAAAGAUAACGCAGCAGGAGUACGCGAUGAUGGUGUACUUGGUGCCCAUUUUUAUGAAUUUCUAUUAACCAGUAGUUGAUACCUCUACUCUUCAUAGACGUGUAUUCCAGGUGCUCUCAGUUGAUACUGUAUUUUUUACUUUUCUGCUUUCACAUCAUGAUCAAUAAGCUGUCAUGUAAAUUUAAAUAUUAUGAUUGUUAUUAUUUUUUAUAAUGAGACAAUAAAUUCCAAAAAUGUAUUAAACUUUUACUGAUAUGAGAAUGAGAAAAACAUAUCCGAGUGAUCUUAUGUGUUCUAUUAUGGACAAACACAAAAAAUAAUUUUAUAUGCGCGCGCAAAGUUAUAUAUAUGUCAAGUAAAUAUGUCACAUGAUUUUUUUGUACAUAUUUGUAAACACACUGAUAAUUGUAAAACUAUUUUAUAAAUUUAAUAAUAUUUAAAUUAAUAAAUAUUAAUAAAGAAAAUCUAAAUCACGAAAUUGAAAAAUAAAUGAAAGAGAUAUUAUUUACUUUGCAUUUGAAUUGAACAUUUUUAAUAUUUAAAUAGAUAAAAUGACGACAACUAUUGAUGAUGUUUGUGAAAAAUUGGAUAGUCUUUUUCUACGUUCAUUAGAAUUGAUGGACGAAAAAAUCGUAUUGACACUACAAUUAGAAAAUCAAAUGCGAGAUGGACAUAUAGAAUUAGCAAAAGCUCGAUAUAUACGUGGGAAAGAAAGUGUAGGAAUACUUCAAGUACCUCAGGACUCUACGAUAAAUUCAUUAUUUAAUUUGGAAACAAUAUUCAAUGAGGAGAAUACGAAUCAAUCAAUUGCAACUCCGCACUUUGAUAUCAGUAUGAAAAGUAACGAGAAUGGUAAUGAUAAUUAUGAUCCUAUUCGAUGGUUUGGUGUUUUAGUGCCCCAAAGCUUGAAGACUGCACAAAAAAGAUUUCAAGAAUCAAUUUAUCUUUCUACGAAAAUAGCAAAUAUUGAUUCAGAACUAGAGAGUAUUCCAAAAGAAUUUGAAGAUUCUAAAAAUUUGAAAAGUAGUUUAAUAAAUGUUGAAGAAUAAUUUGUUAUAAUAAAUAUUUAUUUUUAAAAUAUAAUAUAUAUAAAAAAUA